GUCCUGUCGCUGGCGUUGGACUUGACUGACCGCCAGCGUGGUAGCAACGCUGAAGCGUCCAGAAUCUUCUGCCUAACCUCUCGCCCGGCAUGGAACUGGCUAACCCUGUUUGUUGAAACCGUUUUAUGAAACUCGUUUUGUUUUGCGUGGACGCCUUUAAAACAUUUAAAAAUGGCUUCCAAAAGAGCUCUGGUCAUCCUGGCUAAAGGAGCGGAGGAAAUGGAGACCGUCAUCCCUGUAGAUGUCAUGAGGCGAGCUGGGAUAAAGGUCACCGUUGCAGGUCUGGCUGGAAAAGACCCAGUACAGUGUAGCCGUGAUGUCAUGAUUUGUCCUGAUUCCAGUCUUGAAGAAGCAAAAAAAGAGGGACCAUAUGACGUGGUGGUUCUACCAGGAGGUAAUCUGGGUGCACAGAAUUUAUCUGAGUCUGCGGCUGUGAAGGAGAUACUGAAGGAACAGGAAAACCGGAAGGGCCUGAUAGCCGCCAUCUGUGCAGGUCCUACUGCUCUGUUGGCUCAUGAAAUAGGUUUUGGAAGUAAAGUUACAACACAUCCGCUUGCUAAAGACAAAAUGAUGAACGGAGGUCAUUACACCUACUCUGAGAAUCGGGUGGAAAAGGACGGCCUAAUUCUUACAAGCCGUGGGCCUGGGACCAGCUUCGAGUUCGCGCUUGCAAUUGUUGAAGCCCUGAACGGCAAGGAGGUGGCAGCUCAAGUGAAGGCUCCACUUGUUCUUAAAGACUAGGGCAGCAAAGUGUGACAAUCACCUAGAGAAACAGGCCUUAGGAAUCUAUUCUCACUGUGUUCGCUCUGAACAGAACAAUGGUAGGUUAAUGUGUUCCUAAGCUGCCCUCAUUACUGCUUUUGUGAAGUAUAGUUGUGAAGUCAUAACUACACAGAGAUCUUCCAACCUACAAAUUGUGUCUAUACAUUUCUAAGCCUUGUUUGCAGAAUAAACAGGGCAUUUAGCAAACUAA